AUGGAAGGAAUAGCAGGAGCUAGCCCGAAGAUGGACUGGAAUGCACCCGACCUAGUUACACAGUGGAAGUCAUUCAAACAACAUUGCCAGUUUUGGUUUGCAGGCCCCCUUAUAAAAGCAUCGGAAGCCCAGAAAUGCAACUACGUGAUGAUCUGGAUAGGAGACAAAGGUAGGGACAUUUACUCUACAUGGGAUCUCUCGGAGGAAGAUAGCAAGAAACUAGACGUACUGUAUACGAACUUUGAGAAACACGUCAAACCCAAAUCAAACAAAAUCUAUUCCCGAUACAAGUUUCUAAGCAGGGUUCAAAAAGAUUCGGACACUUUUGAGGAGUAUUUGACAGAACUUAAGUUAUUAGUGAAAGACUGUGAAUACAAAGAUGCGGAUGACAUGAUAAGAGACGCCAUUGUGUUUGGAACUAAAGACCACAAAGUCAGGGCUAAGUGUAUCGACGAGGGUUCAGAUUUGACACUUGAGAAGGCAAUUAAUUUUGCAAGAACUCAGGAAAUAUCAAAGGCACAGUUGAAAACAAUGAAUGGUGAAGAUAAUUCAAUAAAUGCUGUAGCUACCAAGCAAAAACAAACCCCUUCUCAGUAUGGUCACGGAAACUCUGGAAAAUUCAACAGGGGAACAUCUGAAAAAUCAAAAUAUCCAUGCCGAAACUGUGGUGGCGUACACGAACCGAGACAAUGUCCUGCCUAUGGAAAACUCUGCACAAAAUGUAACAAAAAGCAUCACUUUCCCUCAGUAUGUUUGUCAUCAACUACAUACAAGGAAUUCAAGCCUAUGAAACCGAAGCCACAUAAACUCCACACACUCCACGUGGAUGACAACACCAACUCUGAAAGUGAAUCAGAACUAUUUAUCGAUACCAUAGAAGAAGUAAACUCUCUGACUAUGGAUGAAUGGAAAGAGACAAUCCUUGUGAACAAUGUACCUGUAAAAUUUCAGUUGGACACAGGUGCUAAGUGCAAUGUUAUGUCUUUGGCAACAUUGAAAGCCACAUGCAGUGAACCUAAAAUCCGGAGAAAAGAUGUCCCACUGAAGUCAUAUUCUGGACAUCUCAUUAAACCUAUGGGCAUCACCUCCCUUACAUGCCGCCACAGAGAUCAAGACUAUCAGGUUGACUUUUAUAUAGUCAGAGAGGAUGUACAAGCUAUUCUUGGAGCAAAAACUUGUCAAGAAAUGAAGAUGGUGCAACGCAUUUACAGCUUAACUCCUAGUGCAUUACCGGAAGACAUAGUAAAUAGCAACAUGUAUGAAAAUUUGUUCAAAGGCCUUGGAUGCUUGCCUGGCAUGCACACUAUAGGUGUAGACAAAACAGUCACUCCAGUAGUACAUCCACCAAGAAAGAUACCUAUUGCAAUCAAGGACAAAGUCAAGACAGAAUUGGAUCGAAUGACCGAGAUGGGAGUUAUUGUGAAACAGGAAGAACCUACGGAAUGGGUUAACUCGAUGGUCACAGUCAUUAAACCGAAUGGCAAAAUUAGAAUUUGUAUUGACCCAAGAGACUUAAAUAAAGCAAUUUGUCGUGAACACUAUCCUCUUAAAACAGUGGAGGAAGUUAUUUCACAGAUGCCAAAUGCCAAAAUAUUCACCAAACUGGAUGCCACUAGUGGAUUCUGGCAACUUAGACUGGAUGAGGAAAGCUCAAAAUUAUGCACGUUUAACACUCCAUUUGGACGAUUUAGAUUUACACGCUUACCUUUCGGCAUCAAAUCGGCUCCAGAAGUGUUCCAGAAAGUGAUCUCGCAAAUGGUCUUGGAUAUCGAGGGAGCAGAAGCUAUUAUUGAUGACAUCCUGGUGUGGGGAUCCAAUCAGGAAGAACAUGACGCAAGAUUGAAGAGAGUGUUAGAGAGAGCAAUGGAGUACAAUCUCAAACUCAGUGCAGAAAAAUGUGAAUUUAGAAAAUCGGAAGUCACAUAUGUUGGCCAUAGACUCACAAGCAAAGGAGUCAAACCUGAUCCAGAAAAAAUCAGAGCUGUAUGCAACAUGGUAAAACCGACAUGCUUGAAAGAUCUACAAACAUUUAUGGGAUUCAUCCAAUAUCUCAGCAAAUUCAUGCCUCACUUGUCUACAGUCAGUGCACCCCUAAGAAAACUGCUGGAGAAGAACACAGCAUGGCACUGGGAUGAAGAGAAGGAAACAAGCUUCCUUAAACUCAAGGAUAUGGCUACAAAUGCACCUAUUCUUCAGUAUUAUGACCCGAGCAAACCUCUUACACUUAGUGUUGAUGCUAGCUCAAAAGGACUAGGCGCAGUACUUAUCCAAAAUCAGAGACCAGUUGCUUACGCAUCAAGAGCACUUACGCCAACUCAACAGAGGUACUCUCAAAUUGAGAAAGAGACCCUAGCAAUUGUGUAUGGUUGCAACAAAUUUCAUGAAUAUGUUUAUGGACGUGAAGUACUCAUAGAGACUGACCACAAACCAUUGCAGUCAAUUUUCCAAAAAUCUCUUCACAAAACACCUCCAAGACUUCAACGACUCCUACUUGCACUAGAAAAAUAUGACCUUGAAGUCAAGUACAAACCUGGUAAGGAGAUGUUCUUAGCAGACCAUCUGAGCAGAUCAUACCUACCUGAAACCAAAGAAAUACUAGUUCCUGAUAUCAAUGUCAAUGAGAUCCAUCUCAUUUCUCAUUUACCAAUUUCACAAGAGAUGUACGAAAAGUUCCAGAAAGAAACUGCAAAUGAUGAACACCUACAGGAACUACAAGACGCCAUAUUGGAUGGAUGGCCUGAAGAAAAAAGCAAUGUUUCCUAUAACUUGCGACCUUAUUGGACCUUCAGAGAUGAGCUAUCUGUCAUGGACGGACUUCUCUACAAGUCAAGCAAACUCAUUGUACCCAGAGCACUACAGAACUCAAUGCUGGACAAGAUUCAUGAAUCGCAUCUUGGGAUAGUCAAGUGCAAAGCACGUGCCCGUGAAGUUCUCUUUUGGAUUGGCAUGUCAACAGAUGUCGAGAACCGAGUUAGGUCAUGUGGACUAUGUGCACAACAUCAAAACAUCAAUGCAAAGGAACCAAUGCUAAUGCCAGAGAUACCAGAUCGGCCCUGGUCGAAACUAGCUGCAGACCUAUUUGAACACGAGAAACACCAUUACCUGCUAGUCGUUGAUUACUUUUCCAAAUGGCCCGAAGUAAUAAAACUAGAAAACCUGUCAAGCAAAACAACUGUCAACUGCUUAAAAGAGCUGCUUUCAAAAUACGGACUCAUCGAUGAAAUGAUUACCGACAAUGGACCCCAGUUUUCCUCUGCGGAUUUCAAAGACUUUUCGUCUGAGUUCGAAUUUAAACAUGUAACCAGCAGUCCACACUACGCUCAAUCAAAUGGCCAGGCAGAACGAACUGUACAAACAGUCAAAAGGCUCAUCAUGAAAUCUAAAGACCUGUUCAAGGCACUCUUGGACUACCGAAACACACCGCUAGACAUCGGAUUAUCACCAGCACAACUUUUUCUCAACCGCCGACUUAAAACAUCACUUCCAACCUCUGCGCCCUUGCUAAAACCUCUUGGAUUAGAUGCCAAAGAAAUCGCAGCCAAAUUAAAAUCUCGCCAACUGAAUAAUAAAAUCCAAUUUGACAAACAUGCAGGACCUGGAUUGGAACCGCUUAAGGCAGGAGACGCAGUAUUUCUGUACACAGAGGGAAAAUGGAAACCUGGUCAAGUCAUUGAACAGCAUGCAUCACCUAGAUCCUACGUUGUUCAGUCGUCAGAUGGAAGGAAAUUGCGUAGGAACCGAAGACACCUUCGCGCAACCAACUACCGUGCUGAGAAUGCACCGCGAAAUGAUGGCAUGCGAAAUUGUGUGAAUCCUGAAGAUUUGCGUGAUAGCAUUCAGUUACAGGACCGUUUGGACCACAGUAAUGAAAAAGAUGCAAACAUCACUGCUGAACCAAACAACGCACCUGUUCCAGUUCAACCCCAAACCACGCGCUCAGGCAGGACCGUCAGACCACCAGCAAAAUUCAGUGACUAUAUUGAAUGA